AUGGCCCUCUCCGCACCCAGCACCGACCCCGCGGUCCUCAUCGCCCAAGAAACCAGCGACGACUACACCUUCCGCACGUUCACCUCCGAAACAGCCUGGACCCUCGGCACCGCCCUGCGAACCCGCCUCCUCUCCCUGCCAGCGAGCCAGCGCAGGCCCGCACUCAUCUCCAUUGCCCUCGCAACCGCGACAACCGGCACCAGUCCGCUACACGUCGUCUUCCAGUGCGCGACGGAAAAGGGCACGGUCCCCGACAACGAGAUCUGGGUGCGGCGCAAGCGCAACACCGUGCUGCGGUGGGGCGUGUCGAGCUGGGCGAUGCGCAUGAAGACGGUGUCGGGGCUGAAGGUGGGCGCGACCGCGAAUGAGAUUGAGGGCGCCUUUGUGAGGAAAUUUGCGCUGGCAAGUGCGAAUGGCGGGGCGGUGGCGGAUGAAUUUGCCAUUCAUGGAGGUGGAUUCCCGAUUCGAGUGCGUGGCGUUGAAGGUGUUGUUGCGGUGGUUGUGGUUAGUGGGUUGAAGCAGGAGGAUGACCAUGCCGUGGUGGCGGAGACGAUUAAGCAGGUGAUUGCAGAGGGGCAUUAA